ACCCCAAGUGAUCGUAGCUAAGCUGCGAGCACUGUGAUCGGCUUCUUUGCCACGGAAUCUGCUUGGUUGCCUCCGGACCACAAUGCCGCCCGGCUUGCGGCUGAAGGCCUUUCCGUCCUCCGCCAUAAAAUCCACUUCAUUCCGUAUCGGAGCCGGGACAUCGGCCGGUCAUGUCUUCGUCAACCGAUGGUCAUCCACUUACACCACUCCGACGUCAGAACUACCUUCACUUAAGCUUCUCGUUCAUCGGCACCUCACAGGAUCGGGUCCUGGUGCCUUCGUCCCCUAUGAUACUGCCAACAAUGAUCAGGAAGAACUCCGUUCUUUGUUUCUCGAGUGGAAGAGUUUGAGCGAGGAACAACAACUCAGGGGCCACAUACCCCGUCCUCAUCUUCUUUCUUUUGAACCUACACCAACUCUGACGCUUGGGCGUCGGCAGCGUCCCCUCACUGCCGAGCAAACCUCCCAUUUCAAGUCUCCCCUCUAUGUUGCUCUUCCUCGUCGGCGUAACCCUGUCCAUGAGCAGAGCUUCAUUCCCGAGGUCAAACAGACAAGCCGUGGUGGUUUGACAACAUACCAUGGUCCUGGUCAGCUUGUCUUGUGGCCUGUGCUAGACAUGCACUCUCCACUAUAUGCACAUUACUCAGUCAUGUCGUAUGCGAGCCAUCUCGAAGCGACUACACGUCGUCUACUGGCAAAUUUGUUCGGUUUGGAAACUUACACAACCCGAGAUGAACCUGGGGUUUGGGUUCGUACACCCACCGGUCAACCAGAACGUAAAAUUGCAGCAAUUGGAGUUCAUCAUCGGAGACACGUCACAGCUCUUGGUAUUGCUGUCAACAUCGACGUCCUGGUAGAUGGUCCCGACGUUGUUAAUCCGUGGGCUCGUUUUGUUCCUUGUGGUCUUGAAGGUAAGCUUGUCACCUCUGUCGCCGCCGAAUUGGCAAUCAAAGGCGGUAUUGCGCGGCUUGGUGGUUGGGAUACAGCCUUACUAGCAGCCGAGUGGGCGAGGUUAUUUGAAGAGGGGAUAGUGGAUGAUACAAAGAGAAGCAUUGAAGGCGAGGGAAGCUCUCAGAUCCGUCGAGCAGCCGCAUGAUACUUGACUCCAGUAAACUUGAUCAAUUCCAGCUUAGACGUUCUAUUGUCAGGCCUUCAUGAAAUAUCCCUGACUACACGAGUAUUGUGUGUCAUUGGAUACUAUAUGUAUUAGGUUUGAACACUCAUGUAGUAUCAAUAUGAAAGUUACCAACUCAAGGGGCUCUUGGCCAGUUGUCCUCUGGUACUUACAAUCGAGCCAACUGUUACUUAUUAUGACAGAUGGAAGAAUAGACCAGGGUC